AUGGUUCAUGGUGUAGAUGGAGAAAAGGUAGCAGAUCAUCUUGAUCGAGCUGUUUCAAGUCUUGGAAGGCAUCCACUUAAGGUUUUGGUCCAAGUUAACACAAGCGGAGAAGCUUCUAAAUCUGGAGUAGAACCUUCUAGUGUUUUGGAGCUAGCAAGACACGUGAAUAUGCACUGUCCGAAUCUGGUAUUCUCUGGUUUAAUAACUAUUGGGAUGCCUGACUAUACUUCUACUCCAGAGAACUUCAGGGUAUGCUCUUCAUCUACUCUGAAUCUUUUGUCUGAAUCUUUAUCAUGGAAUGAUAUAUUGUUGCCAGGAUUCAUGGAAGACAACGAUGUUGUUAAGGGUGAAGGAGAAGCUGAAAGCAAAGGAGCUUGA